UCACAGACACGAUGGUCAUGCAAACGCGUUAACGAAAAAUAAACAAAAAUAAUAUAGAAAUUCAAAUAAUAAACAACAUACUAAAAUAUGCACUAAAGCACUAGCUAAACCAACGAACUGUAAAUAAUUGUGUAAAUAAAUAAAAACAUAAACAUAAAAGCCAACAUCAAAGAAACCUUGAAAUACUAAAAGACCGCUCAAGUUCCCAUACAUUGAGCUGGACAAUUGUGUUUGAAAAUAUUUGUUUGAUCGAUUUUGUGUGUGAAACACCUUGUGAAGGCAUUCGUAAAACCAAUUGCCAUAGCAAGCAAAGUGUGUUAAACAGGAAAACACCCUCCAAAAAGUUUAUAUUCCACCCCCUUCGAUCGGGUAAACCUACCACAAGAAAACAGAGUUUAAUUUAUAUACCAACUUCCUUUUGCAAGUUUGUGUUUUUACGUGCUGCUGACUAAUUGCUUUUAUAUAGCCCGACUAUAUAAAACUGUACAAUAAGACACGGCCAACUCUUUUAAUUUCAACGCCUCAGUUAAAGCUGGAAAUUGCUUCGCUCUCAAGUGAAGUUCUAAAUUUUCGCAGCGAAAACGUUUUUCAAUUAAUUUCCAUUAAGUGAGAAAGUCGAGAACGCCCGUUUUUUUCGGUUUCUAAUUGAACUCAACUGCACCAGACCCAUAAAAAGUGAACUGCAUUCCAAGUAGAGCAAAACAGUAACAACUUCAUCAUCAUAUCGUCAGAUGCUGCAUAAUUAGCAUUCGUUUGUGUGGAGCAACGAGGAAAAAAUAGAAGCUGAAAAUGUAUCUCAUACAGACUGUUCAGACCACUUGGCGGCCACAAUUGCCGUUGCCCAGGGAGCUUCAACUGACCAAUGACCGGAACAGUGCCGACGAUCACGACUCGAAGGUGAUCACAACCACCACGACCACAGCGGACAUCCACCACCACAACCAGGAUCACCAGGAGGAGGAGGAGGAGGAGGACAUGGAUCGGCUGAGGGGCAAUCACAGCAUCGGAGGAUCCUCACAACAGCUUUCCGGCAAACAGAAAUGGUCCUUCGGCAGGCUCUUCCGCAAGAAGAAGGAUGCUGAGAGUGCCUCGUCCAGCGAGGAGGAUCGCAAGGCGGGAUUUGUGCCCGCCCAGCGGCAGUCAGCCGGCAAACCAAAGGGAAAACAUGUCAAGAAUUCACGGGGUAGCAGCAAAUUCGAUCAUGUGGUAGUGAGUCCGCGACAAGAGCAGGCUCCACCACAUCCUCCUCAACCGCAAAUCGACAACGAAUUCUUCCUGCCGCUGGAGAACAUACAACCGGAACCCUAUUACCAAAACCAACCGGGCUACUAUCAGCGCUCUAGUAACUCCCUGGACAGGAGAUUACUCCUGCAGCAGCCUCCUGGAGUUCAGGGUAAUGGUUACCAGCAGCAGCAUAAAUCCCGUUCGGGGCAGCGGGGUCCCAAGCCACCAGGAGCUCACUCCAGCGAAGAGGAACUGAUAUCGCUGAACUCCUCCACGUUCUCCAAAUAUCGCAGCGAUGAGAGCAUCCAUUUGGGAUCCGCAGCCGGACAAAGUCGACGCAGUCGAGCGGCUCGCAAUGAGCGGUACUACAAGAGAUUAUCCCGCGAUGGCGAGCCAAGUCAUGGAGGAGUCCCAGUUGUUCCCCAGCAGCAGCAGCAGCAGCGGUACAAAACUCAGCCACUGCCUUUAUCCAUCUACCAGCCAACGAAUACCUCUAAUAGCUAUGUCCAGUGGCAACCGCAACCGCAGCCGCAGAAGAGCCUCCAGAAUGCGAUGCAGAGCGAUGGAAAGCGGAGCAUUAGCUACGACAGUCACAUACACCUGCAGAAUAUGAAUGGAAGGAUGCAGAGUAAGCCACUGCCACCGCCACCACCACCCAGGGAUCCUUUGAGGAGGGUGCAUGUGGGAGGAGGUUCUGGGCAGCAGAUCGGUUCCAGUUCGGGUGAUCUGCGACCCGUGUCCUACGCCUUCGAUCACAACAGUCGCUGUGCGUCCGAUGAUCGCAUUUGGCAGCCACCUCACUACCAGUCGGUGCACUCGCUCAACUCCCAGCCCAGUUCUUCGAUAGUCAGUGCUCCGGUGAGCCAACAGCAGCCGCAUCACAGGAGAUUCAUAACGAGAUCAGAGAGAAAUGCCAAUCCCGGCAAGCAAUCCCUGCCCAAUGGCAUUGAUUUCCACUACGUGGCUGAUGCAACACCGCGCUCCAGGAAGCCCAUUCACAUGAUGGAUGCGGGCAGGAUGGAUAGUGGAGGAGCGCCCCCUUCUAGUGGAGUUCUGAGAACCUCUAAGAGUGGACUUCCCACCCCGAAUCCCGCUCCCCAGCAGCCUUUGACCAAACCACGAUCGUUUUCCAGCUCGCGAUUGAGUGAACUGCGAACAUAUCCCAUGCCCAUGUACUCCGAGGUGCAGAAACCAAAGAGAAGUGCUCUGCCCGCGAAUCCUUCACCAAAUCAGGAUAACAUUGUGUGCGGCAGUCUGCACAUUAAACCCACUCAAGACCGUGGCAACCAGAAUUACGUGGAGAUUCGCCAUCGGGAUGUGCACAAGACCAACUCAAUGCCGCAUCACUAUCAGAGCAGGCGUUCUGGUGAGGAUUUGCCCAACAAAUACGAGGAGUAUGUGGCGGAGAAGAGGGAGCAACAUCAGCAGGCACCUGCUCCAGUCUAUCCCGAACGCAAAAUGAGCUCCACGCCAGCAGUGGAACCACCACCACCUGUUUACUUCCCCCGCAAGAAACCGGCCAACUUGGAGGAGGCCAUCAACGAACUGGAGGCCAUAUACAAAUCACUGGGACUUACAGAACCAGCCGAACCCAAGCCGCAACCCAAAUUGGAUAUCAGCUCCAAGAUGCGCGUGCCAACGCCCAGUGAUUUUGAGAAGUUCGCUUUGGCCCAUGCGGAUGACUACGAGGAUGAGGAUUCGCCAACCGGAGAACCCGAUCCAGUUAGAGAUGAUGUGGCCUUUAGAAACCUACAGUUGGCCAAUCUGCAACAUAGGUCCUCGGAGAAGCAGCCACCAUUUGGCAUCCCAGUGGGUCCAAUUGUGCCUGCUCCGCAGUCGGAUUAUCUUCAUGUGGAGCCAGUGAGGGUGAAGAAGAAGACUGGCUCUCCUGACAUCAUUAAAGAUGAUCUGGCUGUGCGUUCCUUGCGGAAGGAUCCACCAGGACCCAAGUCCAGCUUUAUUUAUCCCAUGCAAAAGAAGCAGCGGGCUACGCGGACCCAAUCGGCCAACAUAUACAACCUGAUCCACAGAGAUGCGGCGAAACCUUCUGGUGGAGAUCUCAAUAGCUAUAUGGAGUUGACCCGGAAUCUUGAGAGAGCUGGCAGCAUGUCCAAUCUGCAGGGUGAACAUGGCGACGAUACCAAUGAUGUACCCGCUACAUUGGAUCUGCUCCGUAAGCUUAAGGCGCAGGAUGAGGAACUGGAUUUGGCCAGAAAGCAUCAUCCAAUACCCUUCAGGCAUCCCAGUCAGGGAGGAGCUAUUGCCCAACUUCCCGAGCGACUGAUCAAAGAGGAGGCCCCGCGAACAGCACCUGUUCCCGCUCCCCGCAAGAGUCUUACCCCGGAGCCAAUGAUGGAUGAUGCCCUCAACAAGAUUGCUCAGGAUGCGCAGGCCAGCAGCAUUAAACUGAGCCAGGAGCUCCAUGAACUUCGGAAGGAGGCUUUGAUCACAGCAGCUAGACCCAAACUAAACCCGGAACAACAAAGAUUGGAGGAUGAACUGCAGCAGAUUGAAGCAGUCUCCGAAGCGGCCAAGCGUUGUGGCCAAAUGUUGCUGGAAACUCUGCCGGAUGCGGGACAGGAGGACCAGGAAUCCCAAGAGAAACCCCUAAGGAAGCUACACCAAGAGGGGAAGCUCAUUCGAGCCAUCGACGAAGUCUCCGAGGCGGCUAAUGCAGUGUGCGAAAAGAUCCUGAAGGACAUCGUCACCACGGAGCCACCAGUGGUGGUGCACGAGGCACUCCAGGUGAAGCAGACCAUAAAGACGGGAGGUGAACAGCUGGUGAUGCCGCAUCUCAUCAAGAAACUGGAUCCCAUACAAUCCGACAAAAUCGAGCACAUAGCCCGGCGCUGCAUGAGGCAGCUGAGCGAACUGGCCAACAAUCCGGACUACGACAACCUGGCCACCACCUGUAAUAUGAGCAACAGCACCACCAAAGCAACGGCGGGUGAUGCCACUCUCGUUUGUCCCGUUCCAGAGACCCAAACUCAAGGCCACGUCCAGGCCAAGCCAAGCCAGACGCUCGAGGAGAUUGACAAGAUCAUGCAGGAGUGCGAGCGUCAGGCGAAAAGCAGCAGCUCAACCAACACCACCGAUGACCAGCGCACCACCGCCCCCAGUCUGACGAGUGGGAGUGGCAGCGGCAGCAGCUUCCCACCCAAUGUGAGCACCACCGCCAGUUCGUUCAGUUCGAGCAGCGACUGCCUGGCCAAGUCGUCGAGUCCCUCGCGCGCCAGUCGUCCGCUCUCGUCGAGCAUCACCUCCUUCAAUCCGUACUCCUCCAGCGACUACAUCAAGUCGCAGAGCAGCGAUUGCCAUGCACCCAGCACCGAUCCGAUCAAGACCUUUAGCACCACCUCGUACGAGGGGCAGUCCACACCGCAGAGCACCACCAUUAGCACCAAUACGAUGAGCACGAGUCAGAGCAAUACGAUCAGUAGCACCACUAAUCCGAGUGUGGAGUCCAAGCCGACCACCUCAUCGGGAUCGCCACCGCCGUUGCAGUUGACGCCAGUGGGUGAGCGGAGGAGGAGGGGAGUCUCCUGUUCCUCCUCCACAUCCUCACCAUCGCAGUACAACUCCAGCGAGGAGCUGGCCGCCAUUUUUGGCAUCGAGGAGCAGCCGAAACAGCAGCACCAUCGCAGCCGAUUGACAGAAACCAUUGCGGCCUCCAGUGACUUAUUCACAGCACCUGCCACUGCCAAAACUAGCUGCCAACCAGCUGAGCCACAGAAACUGCAGAAGCAGCCGAAACAGCAGACCAACAAUUCGGAGGAUUCCAGUUCGCAGAAGAGUGGCUAUCGUGGUCAGCAUCCGCACUUCCAUCACCACACCACGCCCGCCUACUACACGGAUCUCCAGCUGAGGAUCCACACCCCGAAUGCGUCGGAUGUUGGUGCUUUGAACGAGAACUAUCGAAGUGUCUAUAGCACCCCGAGUACACAGUUGGUGGAGCAGCGUUCGUUUCCAAAGAGCUCCUCGGCCACCAAGGAUCCACCGCUGCCCAUAAGUAAUCCCCAGGCCAGAGGAACUUUUUUUCGUGGCGACUCUGCGUCCAGCGACAGUCACACAAGAUUACUGCGCCGGAAUCAGCAGAGAACCGGCAGCGAGGGACGCUUCUUCAGAUACUCUCAGGGAUCUGCGAGCCCUACCAAAGGUGAACCCACCAGCCACGAAGGUGUCAGUCACUCCCCCAUCACAUCAACCAGCACCACCACCAUCAGUAGUUGUACCCACCCCGUAGAGCAGGCUAGUCCACCACCACCACAACCAACACCACCCGUAGUCAAUCCCAGCGGAUCCGGUCGGAAUAGCCGGCACAAGCAGCGAUUCCAAAGUCGAUCCCGGCGAGCGGUGCGCGUGCGCAGUGAGUCGCGUCCAAUUAGCGCUCUAUACGACAUAAUAUGCAAGGAGAAGAACCUGGAGAACAGCAGCAGCAGCAGCAGCAGCAGCAACGAGCAGGAAAAGGCAGACCAGGAGCAGCAGCCCAAGGAUCAGAAGGAUCAGGAGCAACAGUCUAAGCCAACAACCGACAAGCUGGCGACCUUUUGGCCCCUGCACCAUCACUACCUCAAUCCCCCGAUGAGCAGCGGCAACUCGGGCGGCAGUAGCAGCAAUCCCAAGCAGCAACAGCAGCAACAGCAACAGCAGCUGGCACACCAGCAACAUCUUCUGGUGGGAGCAAGCAAGGAGUUGCCGGCGGGCAGCAGCAGCAGCAGCGAUGAUGAGGGAUCGCUGCGGGCACUGCACUCUAGUCGCAAGGUCACCAAUCUGAGUGCCAAGGCCACUUCACUGCCACCGGAAGAGGCAGCCUCGGAUGAGGUCUCACCACGGGCAGCCACCUCCGAUCGACUGAAUUUGCGACUGGCCAGGAGUCUGGAGCCCUCGGCCCGCAGCAUCCCAUCUGUAUCCCAGAAUGUUCAAAACUACGAUGCUGGGGAGCCGGUGAAUACAGAGCGACUGUUUGUGGAACCCCCGAAGAUACCACUGUCCGCCAUUGUGAACUCCCUCUACGAUCACGACCUGGACAUUGAAGACUGCGACAGCACCACUCAAUUGGAUCGGGGGGAUGUCUUCGACACCUUGGAGCGAUGGAGCCAGGGGCUCAACGCGGGAACGCAACUAAUGAACGGGGCCAACGGGCACCACCAUCAUUAUUCAGAUCCCGAAGCAGACCACCAAGAACCCGAUCAUCUCGAACACGAUCUGCAUGCACAUCAAUCAUUGCCAGUAGAACCCAAGUCUCAUCAUCAUCAUCAGCAGCACCACCAGGCCACCAAUGCGCGCAGAUUCAUAACGCGCACCACGCGCUCCGCCAGUCGCCAGAGUUCCGCCGGACACUCGCCGCCGCCGCCACAAUUGCACCACAGCGGAGGCGACUCCUCCAGCUCCAGUUCACCCUCGCCCACCCGCAGGCGGAACCGACCAGGUGGCGAUCCCCCCUCCUCCUCGGCCAAUGGCAACAGCUCCGCUUAUGAGACGGCAGCCACCACUGUGAUGACCCAUGACCAGCAGCGACAUCCUCCAGUUGAAGUUCCUAAGGCUCAGACCAUCGAGCCACCGCAGCAGCCAGAAGCGAUCGUCCCAUCAUCCUGUCCCACUGCAUCUGCCAGUUCAGCAGCAAACAGCCAAAGUCGAGGAAAAGCUGGCAAAUGCAGUAUUAAUUGCACUUAUAGCCACAGCAGAAACAACAACUGCAACGCCAGGCAACGCAACAGCAACAACAGCACGUGCAACAACAAUACUAAACAGCAACACGCCACGCCCAUGCCGCCCCUAGCUAAUGCCAACAAAGCGCCGUUAAUUGUGCUUAAGACAGCCACAUCUGCAGCAGCAGCACCAGCAGCAACAUCCACCGGCACGGCAGCAACAUCUGCUGCUGGUUCGCCCAUUAAGCGUCGCAAGAAUCCCCUGUCGCCGCUGCGUCUUGGCAGCCAGUCCACCAUUGCUCCUCCACAGGCCAUUGCCAGUCCGCUCCUCAGCGGCGGCAGCUGCUCCUCCUCGACCACCUCGCCCCAAUCCUCGCCAGCGGUUCGCACCACUAAGGCGAGUCGCCUGCGCGCCGCCGCGCUUGAUAAAAAGAAGGAAGAGGAGCAGCGCCAGCGCUACAGUUCGCCCGUAUCCCCAAGAACCUCCAGCAACGGAGGAGCUCUGACCCAUCGACGGCUCAGCAGCUCGGAGCUAUCGCCCAAGUCGCCAGGUGCUAGUGGAUUCAACUCGGAGCCAGCUGCAACAGCCAAUCCGAGUAGGAUCCCGGCGAGAUCUGCCUCCCAACCGGUGGAUACACCGCCCACUCAAAGACGCCAGACUUUAGUGGCCGUAGGUUCGGGGGUCUCCAUGAAGCAGAACCUCAGCGAACUGCACUUUACGGGUGGUACAGUGAGUCCGCCCAGGGCCACCGCCGAAUGCACACUCCGGAUGCGACCACGAAGCUCCACAAUGAGCACCGAAAACGCGGAGAAUGGACGACGUGACCACUUGGCUAAUCUGCAAUUGAGUCCCGUGCAGAAGCACAAAAGAACGCCCGAGGUAUCACCACGUCGUUUGGGAGAUCGCGACAAGUCGGCCAAACGGAAAUCGAAUUUGAAUCGUUCGUUGACCGAGGAAGCCACCAAGGAUGGCGAUGAGGUUGCCUCUUCAACCCGCCGUCGCCGACGUCGCGAACUGGGCAUGGCCCGUCCUCUGGUUCCUGGCGAUGAUGAUGCUCUGAGGGAUUUGCUGCAAACGCCACAGAGAAGUUCCUGCAGCGAAUCCACUUCGAUUUCGGAGUCCUAUCGUCAGUUUAUACCGGCCGUACGACAUCCGGAGGUUCCAGUGCGCACCAUGACCGCUGUUUUGCCCGCUCCGCGACCAUUACAUGCCCCCGUGGCCCGCAGUGUCACCCAGAAGUUCAACGAGAGGACCAAAACCGAUCUGGCGGAGAUCAAGAAGAUUGCAGAGCAAUCUGAGGCGCAGCAACAACAACCAUUGGCGGAUGAAGGCCAGAAAAUAUCGGCCAUAAUGCGCAGGAAGAGCUCGGAUGAAGGUGGAGCAGCUGCGGGACUAGCAAACCAGAAUUCACCACCUGCACCCAAUCAAAUUGUAUCCAUACUGAAGAAGAAGGAGCAUGGAUUGGGCGAAUGCAACUCGAGUGCCUCGAGCAACCCGUCGCCGGUAACGUUCUCCUCCAGCGUGGUGGAUCAUCCGUUGGCAGGAGCUGGCCGAUGCAAACGGCAGGGAAUACUCAAGAAAAGAUCGAGCCUGGAUGAAUCCCGCUACUACUCCCGUUCCCAUUCACCCGACGAACGUAGCAUCCUCAUCAAGUCAGCACGAAGGAAUUCGCUGGAGGAAGCUGGAACUGGAUUGAGUCCUGCCCAGGCGCAUGGAAUCCUUAAGCAGAGCAGCUACGACAGCAGCAAGAGCGAUGGAUGCCCUUCGGCCACGGAGAGCCAGCCACACAGUAUCCUGAAGAAGAAGGAUUCGCUAUCCACACCCUCGGAUGGAGGGUGCCACAAGCAUGUCUCCAUUUCGCAAGCUGUCACUUUGGCUGCGGCUGAACUGGCCGCCCAUGAUGGCAUUACCUUUGAGGACGGUGAAGAGCACGAGAUUCGACCCAUCCUAAAGCAGGAGAGCACCUCUAGCGAGGAGGCAGUGCGUCCGCCAAAGCCCAUACUCAAAAAGAAGUCCUUUGGCGAGGCAGAUGAACAUGAGAUUCGCCCCAUAUUGAAGAGCUCUCGUAAGAGCAGUCGCGAGGAGUUCGAUUUGAGUGGCCUGGAGCACGAUGAUUCCCUAUCCUCAAUUCUGAAGUCAGACUCGCCUUCGAAGCGUCGUUCGCUGGGCUCCGCUUCGCAUGAUGUGGAUGACUCCCACUCGUCUCCCAGUUUGCUGAAGAGGCGCACGCGUUCCCUAGAACGUCAGGAUGUCCAGCCUGGGAUGGAUUUGGCAGCGGCACUGGAUGCCAUUGCCACCUCACAGGUUGCGCCGAGCACACCAGUGGAUUUUGUGACCACACCAUCGAGCAUUUCGGUGGCGGAGCGUAUAAAGCGCAUGGAGAUGCUGUCCACGCCCACAUCCCGUGCCGCGGGUGGGGCCAACAGCAGCUGGGAGUCUCCGUUGCAGGCAUCGAUGGAGCUGGGAGGUCCACCCACACCAAGGGUUCUCAAGCCGAGUGUCCUGCGCAGGGAUAUGCAGAGGGAGCGGUACAAAACACAGCCCGUGACCAACGAGGAGAUGAGCUUCUUUAAAGCCAACUCCGCGCCCUUCGACAUCUCGGCCACGUCGGCCUUUAAGCCCACCAGACCACUGGACAUCCGCUUGACCCACGCGCCGCAGCCACCUCUGAUUUCCCCGAUAACAGGACAGCCACUCAGCCACGUGCCCGCGCCACUGUUGCUAUCAUCGUCGACGAAUUCCGGAGCUGGAACCUCGUUCCGCCUGGCCCGCAGUUCCACCCAACCGCUGCAGUCGCCCCGAGUUGUUCACCUUGUCAGUCAGGCUGCCGGUGGCCCAUCAUCACCGCAAUCCUCACUGUUGGCUCGCCAAAACUCAGUCAACGACAGCGUCAAUCUCAGCGAACAGCUAACUCUAUCCAUCGGCACGGACAGUGAGCACAUCUUCGAGAUGUCCGCUUUGGAGGAGGAUUCGGCCAUUCAGUCGCUGAGCGAUGAGACAGCCGCUUCCGCAUCUGGAAACUCAACAGCCACCACCGCAACCACCGCCACACCACCCAGUGGUUUAACGCGGAGCAACAGCGUUCGAGCCAGGGCCAAUAUGUUCCAGCAGUUGCAGGAGCAGUCGCGCAAUCAUCGGACAACGGGAGCCUCCCGUCAAUCUCCACCAGCAUCGGCAGAGGUUUCCUCCACUGCAGCCGAGAAUUCCAUGCAAAGUGAUGAGCUCUCCACGCCCAAUGCAACGAUAGAUGGGGAAUUUGGAAAACCCACCGCCGAACCACUUAAGAGCAUUCUUAAGACGGGAAAACCUAUGGUGGGCAUGGGACGCGGUUUAAUGCCUGUGGAUCUCAAUGCCGAGCUGAAGAAUCGCCUCAAACGCUCCACUCAUGCUACUGUUUCCAAUCUCCGCAAAUCUGCCACCACGGCAGAUGCCACUAAAGGAACUAGUGAUGAGGUGGACAAUCCGCAAAGGAAUUUAGCCCAGAUCCUGAGGAAUGUGUCCAAGGAGAACUCGACACCGAAACACGAUGAUGCAGUGAACCUGGUGAGGAAUCUCGCCACCUUGGGACAACCUCGAUCGGCGGCGGCCAGUGAAGAUGCGGCCGGGAAUUGUGCCUCGGCAUCGGAGGGCGAGAGUUCGGGGGGUCGCGAGAUCGAGGCCAUUAUCAAAAAUAGUGCUGUGGCCAGACGUCGCCGGCAGCAACAGCAAUCGCAGCAGCAGCAGCCACAUCAGCCAGAUGGCAAUCUCGUUGCGAAAAGCAAAAGUCACUCGGGCAUCGCAGCACCCCUCGGCCUUGGCCCCCAGCUACCACCACUUCCCAUUGGCGGCGGCUUCGUGAAGUUGCGACAUGUAGCCAAGGAGGAGGAGACACCCAGCAGCAGCAGCACAUCCUCCGCCAAGGAAUCGCCGGAUAAGCAGAAGGAUCCCACCCAGGAUCAAGGAGAAGCUUCGGGAGACGCAUCGAAUCCAACGGCUCUGCCACAGUUUCUUCAAGGCGUCCAACGAUCAGCAACUGAGGUCAUGGGCCCCGAUCAGCGGUCUUUGGUGAUCGCGAAGACCGGCUCCAUUGCGGAGCGUUUGGCGGCGCUGCACAAAAGUGGCGAGGACGACUGGAAGAAGCGCAUCUCGAAGCGCGACGAAGUCGACGAUGUGCACCGCGAAAACUUCGUAAACGAAUCGCUAUCUUUGGCCCACUCGCUGUCGGACAAGCCGCUGCCCCCCUCCCCGUUGAUUCCCACCAGUUUGGAGGGCGGCAAAGUCUCGGAUCGUUUGAGCAAACUCAAGUGCAACUCGGAGAACUGGAAGCAGCGCAUAGAGCAAACCGAUGCCAAGAAGUUCACAGUCGCUGGCCGACUGCAAAAGAAGGCCCAAUCCCCCGUGGAGCUUCAAUUCGAACGUUCCGCCAACGAUGUGGCCAAGAAGUGUCCCAUGCUGGAGGUGCGCAGCGCCAACCAGCCGCAACUCGGCCUGGCCAAGAGCCCCUCCAUGAUGGUCACCUCCAGCACCAAUAAUAGCACAGCCAACAAGACCGCACUCCGUAGUCUGAGUGUCAAUCCCGAGGAGGAGGUGCCCACCAGCUUGAGCCGCUCCAAUAGCAGCAGCUCGGAUUCGGACGGAGAACGCAGCUCCCCGCAGAAUGCCAAGCAGAACAAGGAACUGGCCAACAACAAGAGUGCCGCAGCUCCCACGAAUGUGGGUGCCAGGAUUCAAGUGCCUCGUCUGGACGACAAGGAGACCUUCGAGAACUUCUUCGCCUCGAAGCCCAAGAAGGAGGAGGAGGGCGUGGAGCUGGAGAUAAGCGCCUUCGAUGACAUUAAGCCCACAGAGCGCCUGGUAAGCAAGCGCCACGUGCAGGGUCCCAAGGGACGCCGGGCCGCACGCAAUCCUCUCAAGAGUUUGGCAGCACGCGAGGACAUCACCUCGGAGUACACGGAAAUGAGGACGGGCAUAGCCGAUCGGGAACUGCGUCGCCUCAAGCUGGAGUCAUAUGGCCAUAAUGCCAACCUGGCUGCUGAGGCCAUUGCCGGCCUGGCCUCCAUUGAAGACUUCAAGUCGGUGGCCCUGCGCUCCUCUUCGAUUCCCCUGCAGCAGAUGUGGCUGCCACAGAAGCCGGUGAUGCUGCUCCACGUCAAGGGACGCACCCAUGUCCAAACCCGACUAGUCGAACCCGUUCACACCUCCCUGAAUCGAGGUGAUUGCUUCAUUCUGAUCGCCGGAUCGCAGCUCUUCCGCUACGUUGGAUCCUUUGCCAACGUAAUUGAGAUCUCGCGCAGCAAGAAGAUCUGCGCAGCCAUUGUGGAGAACAAGGAUCUCGGAUGCACGGCCAGCCAGGAGGUGAUCCUCACGGAUGGCAAGUACUUAAAGGAGCGGCAGUGGCGUCAGUUCUGGCAGCUGUUAGGCAAAAAGGAGGAUGACCAGUCGGAGAUAGCUGAGUGCGGUCAUGCGGAUGAGGACGAUGUGUUCGAGAGCAGUCUGAUCGAUACCAACAAGAUCUACGAGUACCAGGAUGAGGCUCUCGUCCCACUUGAAAAGUUCUGGGGCUGCAUCCCCAAGGUGGACAUGCUGGAUACGCGAAAGGUGCUGGUCUUUGACUUUGGCAGUGAGCUGUAUGUGUGGAACGGCAAGAAUGCCCCAUCGGAUGCCAAGCGAGCUGCCAUGCGUUUGGCCCAAGAACACUUUGGUGCUGAGGAUUCGGCGGACUACGCCGAGUGCUACUUGAAUCCUUUGAACUACGUAUCCAUUGUGGGUCGCCGCGAGAACUCAAAGUAUGCCAAGAGGUCCGCUCAACGCCCGGAGUGGUGUGUUCUCGGCAAGAUCACCCAGAACAUGGAGACGGUGCUGUUCAAGGAGAAGUUCAGUGAUUGGCCGGAGUUGGAACGUGAGGAUCUGGAGAAGGACUACCUCUCGAAUGGAGUCCAUGUGGUGCGCGCCCUGAACGGAACUGCUUUGCACAAGGGAGAACCCUACCUGGAACCAAAUCUGGUGCUGGAACAGGCCAAUCUGGGUCGUGGCAAUUUCUACUACGACACCGAUACCAUGCGGCACUUUGAUGUGAUCACCAAGUCCACGGACAAGUGGCAGAUCCACGAGUUCAACUUUGAUGCGGCCAAUAACCGCGAGGACUACGGUCACUUCUACUCGGCGGAGAGCUACAUAGUGCGCUGGAUCUACCAGAUUUCGGUCACAGUUCGCGAACUGAGUGGCAAGGUCUCGAAUAGGAGCACAGUUGGACGCGACAGGUGCGUCUACUUUACAUGGCAGGGCCAGGACUCGAGUGCCAACGAGAAGGGAGCCGCUGCUCUGCUGACCGUGGAAUUGGACAAAGAAAAGGGCGCCCAAAUGCGGGUUUCACAGGGAGACGAGAGCACAGCCUUUGUCCGCCUGUUCCGGCAAAUGUGGCAGCAUCGUGGACGCAAAGAACAGUGUCUGGAGCGGCGUGGCCAGUGGAGACUCUACCAGCUGCAGGGCAACGUCAACGAGGAGACGCUCUUGAAGGAGGUAGAGUGCCAGUCCAGUCAGUUGCGCUCUCGCAGUUCCAUGCUGUUGAUCCAUGGAACCCAGGGAAAUGUAAUUGUUUGGCAUGGAUCGAAGACUGCUCCCCACACUCGAAAAGUGGCCUUGGAGGCGGCCCAGGAUCUGGUGAAGCAGUUGCCCAAGGAUCUCUUCUGCAGCGAUGCAGCCCGCUUAAGCGAAGAGGAAGAGGGUUCCGAGGAGGAGCAAUGCAAGAAGGCCUUGGGAUUGAAGGAGCAGAGGGAGGACUACGGAAGCCUGCUGAAGGCCACCAAGUCAUUCGAUUACCAAAUAAGGAUCUUCAACUUCUCCAGCAUCCAGGGCGUGUUCAAAGCCCUGGAACUGAGCGAUCCCCUGCGCUGUCAGGAUCUGCACAGUCCAUAUCCCUUCAGUCAAGCUCAGCUGUACAAUGCUAGGCAACCCACGAUCUUUCUGCUGGACGAUGGCGAUGAGCUGUGGCUCUGGAUGGGAUGGUGGCCCUUAGAGGAUGUGAAGAUAAAUACCGACGAGCGAAGCAGUCCCACGAACGACAACCGGGCUGGAGUAAAUCGCUGGAUCUCAGAGAGACGCGCUGCCCUCGAGACAGCCGUCGACUAUUGGCGUGCCAAGCACGGCGAGAACGAGAAGGACCCCUUCCAUGGCAUCAAGGGUCAGGUGGUGUGGGCAGGCCUGGAGCCACUGGCCUUCAAGGCACUAUUUCCUGACUGGACCGAACGGUCGGAUGUGAGGGAAAUCAAUGAGGAGGAUGGACGAACAAAUGAAACCAUUACCAUCGGCACAAUGCUGGCACAAAUGACACAGACCGAGUAUCCGCUGGAGGUCCUGAAAGCACGUCCUUUGCCCGAGGGAGUGGAGCCCACGCGACUGGAGGUCUACCUAAAUGCCGACGAUUUCCAGGCGGCCCUCGGCUGCAGCCGAGCGGAUUUCGAGCAGCUGCCCAUCUGGAAACAGACCAAGCUGAAGAAGGAGCGUGGGCUGUUCUAGGAGAGAGGCACAAUGCAACCUUAUAGACUUGAACACAAUCACAAAACACAAACCAAUCACUUUUCUAAGCACUUUUUGUAGGCGGCAAUGCUUUUGCAACGGACACAGACAGAUCUGAACUAUCGUAUUCUAUAGGCCUAUAUAGUAUAGCAUAUACACACGUGCGCAUAUCCCUAUGUACUCUCUAUUUUACACACAUUACAUAGCCUUUAUAUAUGUAACGACUAUUAUACAAGUGCACGAUGCCAGGCAAUAAAUUUCAACUCGCUUCAUUUAAUAGCUGAUCGUGGUUUAAAGCUCUUCGAUUUUACAUUGUACAU